AUGUCCUCGGCCAUCCCAGACACCAAAGCAAGGCCACAGCCAAAGUCUCGUCCAACCGCGAGAAGCGCAAAGGCCCCCGUCUCGCCCACCCGCAAGUCCAGGACCGGAUGUCAGCGAUGUCGCGCCCGACGAGUAAAGUGUGAUGAAACGCGACCUGUAUGUCGCGACUGCCAUCGUCAUGGGAUCCCCUGUGUUUAUGACAGGCCCGCGGGAAGAUCCAAUCUGGCCCACUCGAGCCCACGCAUCAAAGACUGUUGGUCGAUCGACGUGCCCCAACUCGCAUUCGAUUACAAACCGCUCCUGCACGCCAUCUUCGCAAUCUCUGCCCUGCAUCUAUCUAAAGCCAACCCAAACGAUGCUGGGUUGCCGGACAUCCACUGCCAUUACCUUGAGCAGGCUUUGCGCGAACAUCGACUUUGUAUCGGCGGCAUAGUCGAUGUAUUUGCUACUUUACAAAAUCGUCCUGUUGUUUCUUACGAUCAUGCAAGUGAAUGGAUGCGUCUAGUGCACGGGUCGGUAGCGGUCUUUGACGCGGCCUUGGAGAUUGCGAGGCAUAAAACCCAUCCUGCGAGUAUCUGGUUAGCAUAUCGAGGGGCCGUUGCGCAUUUCAACGCCACCUGGCUGGCCAUGGAAGCAAAGGAACAUCCGCAAAUUAGCCGUCGCCGGCUCAUGGCCUUCCCUCUGUUUGUAAUAACCGAAUUCAUCGGCUUACUCGAGAAGAGGAGACCUCGCGCUUUGGUGGUUCUGGCCUACUUUCUCGCCUUGUCGGCACCAGUACGCGACAUAUGGUGGAUCGAAGACGCUGCACACAAAUACGUCGUGGCCCUUAACCAAUCCUUCCUCCCCGUUGGGAGCGCCUAA